AUGGCUUCACUCGCAACAGCUUGCCGCCUCUCGGCGAGGAUAGUGCGCAGGGCACCAGCAGAGACGGCCAUUCGAGGAUUCCGCUCCUCAGCACGAUGCGCCGCCGCCCAGAACUUCACCAUGCCUGCCCUGUCCCCGACCAUGACAGAGGGCAACAUCGCCACCUGGAAGGUCAAGGAGGGCGACAGCUUCGCCGCCGGCGACGUCCUCCUCGAGAUCGAGACCGACAAGGCCACGAUGGACGUUGAGGCCCAGGAUGACGGCAUUGUCUUCAAGAUCAUGUCCGGCGACGGCAGCAAGGCCGUCCAGGUCGGCACCCGCAUCGCCGUCUUGGCCGAGGCUGGUGAUGACGUCUCCCAACUCGAGGUCCCCGCCGACGAGUCCGCCGCCAGCAAGACGCCCCAGCCGGAGGAGAAGAAGAAGGAGGAGAAGCUCGAGGCCAACGCCGACGAGCAGGACAGGAGGGGCUCCCCUGCCGAGAAGAACACCGCCGACGGCAAGGUGCACAAGCAAAAGUACCCCUUGCUCCCCUCGGUCCAGAGCCUCGUCCACCAGCACGGCAUCGACGCCGACACGCUCUCGAGCAUCACGCCCACCGGCCCCCAGGGCCGCCUCCUCAAGGGCGACAUCCUCGCCCACCUGGGCACCAUCAACCGCGACACGCCGGCCAAGAUCACCGAGCGCUUCGCCAAGCUCUCGGUCCUCGACCUCAGCAACAUCAAGGUCGCCGAGAAGGCGCCCAACGCCACCCCGACCACGGGCCCCAAGCCCGUCCCCGAGCCCGCCGCCCCCGCCCCGCCGGCCAAGACCCAAGUCGCCCUCCCCAUCUCCCUGGCCCACGUCGCUGAGGCCCAGCGCCGCAUCCAGGACACCCUCGGCGUCUUCAUGCCCGUCUCGACCUUCAUCGCCCGCGCCGCCGACGUCGCCAACGACGACCUGCCCCCGGCCCCGCGCAAGCCCACCGCCUCCGACCUCUUCAACCAGGUCCUCGGCCUCGACACCGUCCGCCAGUCCGCCCACGCCACCCGCGGCCUCUACCUGCCGCAAAUCUCCGCCCUGCCUGAGCCCACCUUCCUCGCGCCCCGCCCCUCGCGCCGCCAGCCCGACAUCAUCGACGUGCUCGCCGGCGGCCGCGGCGCCGCCCGCACCAAGGUCGCCCCCAAGCCUGCCGCCGCCGCGCGGGAGGGCGUCAACACGUCCGGGAGGAACCUGUUCACCCUCGUCGUGCCGAGGGGUGACGAGAAGCGCGCCGCCGUCUUCCUGGAGAGGAUCAAGGUCAUCCUCGAGAACGAGCCGGGACGCUUGGUGCUGUGA